AUGCCCCACCCCGUGCCUGUUCUCCCCCCUCUUCAGGUGGUGGAGCGCACGCUGCGCCUGUGGAACCAUCACUACAUCAAGGCUCUCGUGGCUCGGAAUCACACCACCAUCAUGCCCCUCAUCUUCGCUGCCAUCAUGCGCAACAUCAAUCGCAAGUGGAAGCACUGGUGGGACAGCAAGCAAGGACUGCCUAUGGCUGUAGCGCGGACUGCCUAUGGCUGCAGCACGGACUGCCUAUGGCUGCAGCACGGACUGCCUAUGGCUGCAGCACGGACUGCCUAUGGCUGCAGCACGGACUGCCUAUGGCUGCAGCACGGACUGCCUAUGGCUGCAGCACGGACUGCCUAUGGCUGCAGCACGGACUGCCUAUGGCUGCAGCACGGACUGCCUAUGGCUGCAGCACGGACUGCCUAUGGCUGCAGCACGGACUGCCUAUGGCUGCAGCACGGACUGCCUAUGGCUGCAGCACGGACUGCCUAUGGCUGCAGCACGGACUGCCUAUGGCUGCAGCACGGACUGCCUAUGGCUGCAGCACGGACUGCAUGUGGCUGUACCAUUACAUGCUUGUCUGUCCUUGCCAACUUAACCCUCUCCCAUCGCAUCUCCUUUUGCUUCUCCCACAUAACCCCACUUCUCCAUCGUCUCUCCAAUUGCUCACCCUCAACAACCCCCCCCUCCUCUCCAUCCUCUCCUGCUCUGCUCACCCUCAUAUCCCCCCUCCUUACUCUCCUCUCCGCCCUUGUCUCUCUCCUCUCCCCCCUCCAAUCACUCCUCUCCCCCUCCUCUCUCCCCUCUCCUCCUCCUUUCACUCCUCUCCCGCUCCUCUCUCUCCUCCCCCCUCUUCUUUCUCCUCUCCCCUUCUUCUCUCUCCUCUCCCCCUCCUCUCUCUCCUGUCCCUCUCCUCUCUCUUCUUCCCCCCUCUCUCUCCUCUCCCCAUUAGAGAUGAGCAUUUGCCCCGCUUGGGUUGGGCCGGCCCGACCCGACCCGUGGUUUAGCACGGGUCGGGGCAGUGGUUUCAUUUUCCUGCCCCGUCGGGUCGGGUCGGGUCGGGUCGGGUCGGGUCGGGCCAGGCCAUUUGCUCAUCUCUACGCCCCAUCCUCUCUCUCAUCCCUCCUUUCUCUUGCCUCCCCCUCCUCUCUCCCCCCUCCCCAUCGUCUCUCUCCUCUCCCCCUCCUCUCUCUCCUCUCCCCCUCCUGUCUCUCCUUUCCCCUUCCUCUCUCUCCUAUCCGCAUGCUCUCCCUCUCCACUCUACUUCAUCUUCCCCGUCCCCUCCCUCCUUACCUCCACUGCGCAGACAGACUUUGA